AAAAUAAAGUCACAACAAAAUAAAAGUGAUAACAGCACUGUGCAUAUUCUUAUGAAAAUAAAUAAAAUUUAAUUUGGUAAAUUUUAUGUUCCAGGUUUUGUGAAAAACAGUAGCUUGUAAAAAAUGAAAACUAAUUUUGUCCCACGGGUGAAUCAGCUCGAUUCUAUUCAACUUGACAUCGAAAUAGUCAACAUACUAAGGAAUCAAGUCCACAGCGUUCUACGGAAUCUCCCGCCUGGCGUUCUAAGCCGCUUCCAGCCCGAAAUAAAUCUCCUAACAGACUCUACCUUAUGGGGCCUCUCGGUCCGGAAAUCGUUUGCCACGUUCGGCCAACAAAUGCUUUCCAUCACCUACGAACAGGACCAGCUCAGCGCGGGGAAACUUAAAGCCCAUUACGCUUUAACCGUGGCAUUGGGUUACUUGAAAGAAUUGAUCCAGUUUCGAUUGACCGGUGUCACCUUCUUACAGCGAAUGAUAACGAUCGUAGAAAACUGUCUAACGUGUCUGAACUUCAUCAACUUCUUCCGGUUCCUCCGAACGGGUCGGAAGCCAUCACUUGUGGAUUAUGUUCUGCGGUUGGAACACCACUCGAUGGAUGGAGCCAAACGAAGGACUGUUGGGUAUUCGUAUAUGACGAGGGAGUUGAUAUGGUCCGGGUUCAUGGAACUGCUCGGAUUCACAAUACCGAUCGUUAAUUAUCAUGCUUUGAAGCGCCGGUUAAGGAACAUGUUGAAGCUGGAAAAUGCAGCGUGGAAAGCGGAUAAGAUUGUGCUUGAUACCGGAAGCAGAUGUGUUUAUUGCAACGAAAGGGUUACUCUACCUCAUCACAUGGGAUGUGGCCAUGUGUUCUGUUACUAUUGCCUGCAGGGAAAUCGACUGGCGGAUAGUGGAUUCCAAUGCAACGUUUGUGAUUUUAGAAGUGAAAUUUUUGAGCAGGUUGUAGCUGCUGCAUGGGUUUAAAAUAUUUUUU